AGCGGCUCUGGCAACAUGUCUGUGUCCUCGUCCCACUUCUCUGUGGGCACGGGGGGCAGCUAUGGCAGGGGCUGCUCCUGCAGCCUGGGUGGGGGCUUUGGCUCCAGCUUUGGGGUGGCAGACGCCCUGCUGGGGGGCAGCGAGAAGGAGACCAUGCAGAGCCUCAACGACCGCCUGGCCUCCUACCUGGACAAGGUGCGUGCUCUGGAGGAGGCUAAUGCCGACCUGGAGGUGAAGAUCCACGACUGGUACAAGAAGCAGGGCCCCGGGCCCACCCUCGACUACAGCCACUACGUCAAGACCAUCGAGGACCUGUGGAGCAAGAUCCUGGCGGCCACCAUCGACAGUGCCAUCUUGGUGCUGCAGAUCGAUAAUGCCCGCCUGGCAGCCGAUGACUUCCGCACCAAGUAUGAGAUGGAGCUGAACCUGCGCGUGAGCGUGGAGGCCGACAUCAACGGCCUGCACAGGGUGCUGGACGAGCUGACCCUGGGCAGAGCCGACCUGGAGAUGCAGAUUGAGAACCUCAAGGAGGAGCUGGCCUACCUCCGGAAGAACCAUGAGGAGGAAAUGAACGCCCUGCGAGGCCAGGUGGGUGGUGAGAUCAACGUGGAGAUGGACGCUGCCCCCGGUGUGGACCUGGGCCGCAUCCUGAAUGAGAUGCGCGACCAGUACGAGAAGAUCACGGAGAAGAACCGCAAGGACGCCGAGGACUGGUUCUUCAGCAAGACGGAGGAGCUGAACCGCGAGGUGGCCACCAACACCGAGGCCCUGCCGAGCAGCCGGACGGAGAUCGCGGAGCCACGCCGCACCGUGCAGAACCUGGAGAUCGAGCUGCAGUCCCAGCUCAGCACGAAAGCGUCGCUGGAGGGCAGCCUGGCAGAGACCGAGGCGCGCUAGGGGGUCCAGCUGGCCCAGCUGCAGGGGCUCAUCAGCAGCGUUGAGCAGCAGCUGUGCUAGCUCUGCUCUGACAGGCUGCAGAACCAGGAGUACAAGAUGCUGCUGGACGUGAAGACGCGGCUGGAGCAGGAGAUCGCCACCUACCGCCGCCUGCUGGAGGGCGAGGUUGCCCACUGCUCCUCCUCCCAGGGGGCUGGGCUCUCAACCAGCACCACUGGGCUGACAGCCGCGGUGACCACCCGCCAGGUGCGUACCAUCAUGGAGGAAGUCCAGGACGGCAAGGCGGUCCCCUCCCGCGAGCAGGUCCAUCGCUCCCCCCACUGAGGCCCCGUCUACCUGCGACAGCCCAGCCUCCAGGGUCAAGGGGCAGCCAUUGCCUGCAGCUCCCAGCACGCUACUGCUGCGCCCCGAGUGCCCGUCUGGGCCACCGCCCAAGAGCGGUUGCCUUUCUGUAUCUGCUUCCCAC